UUCGUGUAAACAGGCUCUGACAGUUUCCACUGACUAGCUGUGAAGUAUUAAGGGCGCUUAAACUUGAACUGCGUUUAUGUUUAUUCGAUGUCAUUCAUUAGACUUUCUGCUGCACAGUGUUACCUUUACGCUCGUCACGUGACACGCUUGCUACACAUAAUGAAACAUUACUAAAUUACCGUCUCAUAAUGCAUGAUAUAUCUAUAUGCUCCGGGAUUAAUCGUACACUCCUGAAUGUUCAAUACCUACAAUUACCCAUCAUCAGAUUAUCAGGUUAUUUGCUAACUCAAUCCAUGCAGGUUUUGUUAAACUGGGAUAUACACAACAUGACCUUUCGAGCUGUUCAGUGUGACUCUAAAAGGGUUAUUACUGAAGACAAUGGGACGUUUGGAUGGGAAAGUGAUAGUCCUUUCAGCAGCAGCACAAGGCAUUGGAAAAGCUUCUGCUAUAGCUUUUGCUAAGGAAGGUGCUCAAGUCACUGCUACAGAUAUCAACGGGGAGAAACUUAAAGAGCUGGAUGGCAUUCCAGGGAUCAAAACCAAGGUUGUUGAUGUUACCAAGAAAGACCAAGUGGAGGCCCUGGCCAAGGACUUUGACUAUGUGGAUGUGCUCUUCAAUGUUGCUGGAUUUGUCCAUCAUGGCACAAUACUGGAGUGUGAGGAAUCAGAUUGGGACUUCACUAUGAACGUGAAUGUCCGUAGCAUGUACCUGAUGAUCAAGGCCUUCCUGCCUAAGAUGCUGGCUCGUAAAUCUGGUAAUAUCAUCAAUAUGGCAUCUGUGGCAUCUAGUAUCAAAGGAGUUGUGAAAAGAUGCGUCUACAGCACGUCUAAAGCUGCCAUCAUUGGACUGACCAAAUCAGUGGCAGCUGAUUUCCUGGAACAAGGAAUCCGCUGCAAUUGUAUCUGCCCACUUUAUUGCACUUAG